AUGGUUUCGAUUAAACAGAGUGGGAUCUUCGUUCGAAAUCUUUCGAUUUUUAUAUUAAUUCUUUCCGUUCUCAUUCCCUUACGUUAUGGAUCAAUCGACCCUGAAUAUCUUUGUAUUCGUUGUAUGCAUUCGUUAUUAUCAUUAACAUAUACGGUCAUCAGAGAUGAGAAUCGUCCAACCCUUAGUGCUGAUUAUCGGGCAUUUGAAACAUUACUUCGUUUGAGAUCAGUAUAUGAACUUGAUCCAUCAGCUGAUACAACAACUGUUGUGAAAGAACUUCGUUCAUUAUUUACAUUGGCCACCAUCAUUCCAAAACCAAAAUCCUGUCAAAUUCAAAAACAAAUCUACAAUCAUCAAGGACAUACCGUUGAAGCAUAUUGGGUAAAUCACCGUGGAACAAAUGAGCAACCACGUACACAAAAUAUUCUCAUGUAUCUCCAUGGUGGAGCCUAUCUAGCCGGAGAUAUUCAUAGUUAUAGCGGGUACGGGUGUUAUUUAUCACAUCUAUUCAAUAUGUCAUUGAUUCAUGUGGAAUAUCGACUUGCACCUGAACAUCCUCUACCGCGCGCUGUUGAUGAUGUUGUUGCGUUAUAUCAUGCACUACUUAGUGAGAAUAUUACUUCAUCUCAAAUCAUGAUCAUGGGAGAGUCAGCUGGAGGCGGUCUUUCGCUAUUGACAAUUCAAAAUUUAAUAUCUCGACACUAUGCUAUUCCUCGUUGUGUUGUUCUUGUAUCUCCUUGGACUGAUUUAUCAUCAUCUGGAGAGAGUUAUAUACGUAAUCGUCCUGCCGAUGUCCUAAUUCGUCCUGAAAUAUUAAGUUGGACCAUUGAACAAGUUCUCGGUGAUAAUCAUGAACAAAUCAAACGAGAUGAUCCGGUAUACAGUCCUAUGUUUGGUUCAUUCGAAAGAUUUCCACCAAUGUACAUUACUGUAGGUACAGCAGAAGUCUUAGAAGAUGAUUCUCGGCACGUGUUUUACAAAGCGAAACAAGCUGGAGUUGAGGUAACCUUGGAGGAAGGCUUACACUUGGCACAUGCAUACCCAUUAUUUUAUCCUUACUAUCCCGAAGCAAGAAAUACACUUGAUAAUAUUAAAAGAUGGAUAAAAGAAAAGGCCAUUCAUUAG